AAUUCAAAAUACAAAUGAUUAUAUACCCAAAAAAAUAAAUGAAAAGAGAAAAAAAAAAAAAAAAAAUAGAAAAUGUUCUUCUUGCAUUCAUAUAAAUAAUAUGUGUGAAAGUUAUUAUCCAUUUAUUUAUAAAAAAAAAAAAAGUACAAAGAGAAUGUAUUAUUGUAUUAGUUAUAUGGCCUUUGUAAAAUUAAUUUGUCUCCUUAAACUAAAAAAUAGUAAUUGUUUAAAUAAAGGUAUACGUUUUGUAAGUAGAAUAUAUAAAAAAAUGUUCUUAAAUAAGAAUACUCAUUAUUUUAUCCAUGCAAUUAUAAGGUUGUAUGAAUUAAAAGGAUUAUAUAAUUCGUCUCUUAAAUAUUCAAUGAUACUAUUUUUGAAUUUUCCAUUAUAUCCUCAUAUUAUUCUUAAAUUAUUUAGUUUUUCCAUAUUGUGUUUGAGGGAAGAAAUUUAUUUAAUCUUAUUAGCUAGUUAUCCUAAGCAUUUUGCUUGGUUCAAAUAUUUCCUCUUUUUCAUUUUAUAUUCUAUCAAUUUUCAAUUUAGAGAUAAAAAGGUUUUUGAUAGUUUCCUUUUCUUAAUUGAAAAUGUAAAUAAAAAGAAGAAAAAGAAAAAGUUGAAAAGAAAACAAAAAGAAAAAGAUAUAAUUUAUGAAAUGGAAAAAGAUGAUUUCUCUAUAUUUGAUGAAAGCAUUUGUAUAGAUAUAAAUAAUAAAAAAAGUAAUAUUUAUAAUAAUGAAAGUAAUAUUGAGAAUAACAAAAGUAAUAUUGAGAAUAACAAAAGUAAUAUUGAGAAUAACAAAAGUAAUAUUGACAAUAACAAAAACAAUAAUAUUAAUAUUAAUAAUAAUAAUAAUUAUUAUUAUAUUUAUAACUUACAAAAUAAUAUAUGUGAAAAAAAAGAAAUUUAUAACAAUGUAUCUAAUGAUUUAUACGAUUCAAACAAACCCAUGUUAUCACAUGAUAAUAUAAAUAUUAACAUGUUUAUAUAUAAAAAGAUUAUAUUAUAUAAGUCAUCAUAUAAUAAAGUAACUUUAUAUGAUACAUACAACUAUCUUGUUAAUAAUAAAUUUUCUAAAUAUUUUCCAAAAUUUUUUAUCUAUUCCAAAUUGUAUAUUAUAAUAAAUAUUAAAAAAAGUUUUUAUGAAAAGAAUUUUAUCAUGUGCUAUAGUUUAUGUAAAUUGUUAUUAAAUGAUUAUAUAUAUGAUCCUUGUGUGAUUACUUUUUUUGUUAAUUCUUGUUAUUUAUUAAAUAAUGUUAGCUCUAUAAAAAGGUUAGCUAGUGAUUUAAAAAAAAAUAAUAUGUAUAUAUGUUUUUUAUUUUGUAAUGCAACAUUAUUAUUACAUUUUAGAGAAAUAGAUAAAUCUAUUCAAAUAUAUAAAUAUAUUGUUGAUACUUAUGAAAAUGUAUUUUCUGACUUAUAUUUUUUUUCUUUCUUAAAUUUAAUAAAUACAUUACAUAUAACUCAGAAGGCAUCUCAAAUUAUCAAUCAUUGUAUAUGUUUUAAUAAGUUGUUUUUUAAUAAUAUACAAACAUAUUUAUUAUUAUCUUAUCAUUAUUAUAUAAAUAAUAUACCACUCAAAUCGUAUUCGUCUAUAAUGAAAGCUUACAAAAUAUAUCAUUACAACCCCGACAUUUUUUAUAUGCUAUCUUUGUUAUCCUUAACAGAUAAAAGGUAUAAAGAAUAUGUAACAUUUAGUGAACUAUCACUUUUUUUUAGUUUAAGAUUAAGCAUAAUUAGAAAUUAUAUCUUUUCUAAAAUAUAUGAAACACAAUAUGAGUAUUUACCGUUUCAUUUAUUAUAUUACAAUUUUAAAAUUGUGAAUUUCGAGAAUUCUAUGAUUAAAUUUCCUAUGAACAUGGAACCUUUUAUGUGUCACUUAUUUUUUGAAAAUUUAAUAAAAUCAUACGUUACUUAUCAUAUAUAUUCAUCUGAAAGGCAAGGUCUCGAUUAUCUCCUGUUGGCUGAAAAUUUGUGUAAAAUUGGUUUUAUUUUUUUUUCAAAAGAUUUUAAAUUUUUACAAAUGCUAAAAUUUAUUCAAGGUCAUAAAUUAAAUAAUACAAGAAUGUGUUAUUCCAUUGAUAAUAUAAGUUAA